CGAGAGACCGAGAGAAUGGGCGAGUAUUUAAGAGUGCAUUCUGCCGCUUCUCCUGGCGCUCCUUUGUGUGGCGCUCUUUUUCGGCUCUGUUUGAAUUCGAUACACGCUUGCACGCUUGGCAGACGAGAUUUAUAGAAGAAGAACCAGCGAAAAAAAAGGGUACAGAAAUAAUAUGUUUUCCCGUUUUCGUUUUUUAUUUUUGUUUGCAUCAGCGUCAAACGAGCUCGCUCGCCAAAAGGAUGCUCCUAAGCGCUUGGCAAAGGUCGGCUGCCCCGUGCUGUCUGAAGUCGUUUUCAUUCGCCGUAAACGUUACGUUCCGCUCGUACGCCGGUCUCAGUUCAAGCUAGCGCUCCGGUACGGUAGCAUCGUGUUCGGUGUCUUUGAAGCGGACCACGCACAUCACGUUCGCGUCUAGUGUGGCCUGGCCUGGCCCGUACGGCCCGUCAAAACAAGCUUUCGCCCGUUAGGGUCUAGUGGAGAGGAAAUUAAUUUGACCCCCGUGAACCGAUUGCCGUUGCCGGAAAACCCGUCGCUUCAUUAAACCAUUAUCCGAUGGUAAAUUGUUUUAAAGCCAGAAAAAAAGAGAAGUUGCACGAAACAAAUCCUGUAGCAAACUCUUCAAGGAUCGUUUAAUUCCGUUCGCUCUGGUCUUCAUUCGCUUGAGUUGGGGGGAAUACACGCCGAACAAAAAAAGUCCACUCUCAGCUGCUCAACCAUUCCCUGUAGCGUCUGUAGUGUUCACCGUGCUUCAAGCGUCGGUCGACCACCGGUGGUGGUCAUCAAUCAGUAUUAUGUUUAAUUAGUGCGAGGACAGCUGCUGGUUCGCGCGCGUUUUGCAAACCCCAAAGCCGAACCGAACGUGAUCCAUCGCUUCGAUCCAAGACGCGUAGCCCCCUGUGUGCGUGACGGAAAAGUGUCAGGAAGUUGGUCGGUCUAACAUUUGCCUAAGCUCGGCCGAAUGAGACUGUGUGAACGAUACCGGCCGCUGAUAAUAAGUGUGAUACUGCUUCUGAUGAUGCUGUGAUACACCGACCGAAUCCACAAAAGCACCCAAUCUAAUCCGAACCAACGAGUGUGUCUGCGUGUGCAAAGUGUGAGAGGGAGACACAUCCUUCGGGCCACGUGUGCUUUGUAGCAAUGCGUUUUUCGAUGGUGCAUCACUGCUGUGCUGGUUGCUGUGUUGACCGUGAACCGACCGAAAUCUGACAUUGAGCAGCCCGCUUCGGCCAAGAAGGCACUGGCAUUGCAUUCCAAACCGAGCAGCAGAACUGCUUCAAGAAGUGACAGUGUCGGGCGAGAAGAAGGUGUUCCUGCGUGGAUGUAACAACAAAUUAACCAUUCAACCGUGUGCGGAAUUAACCGAAUCAAUCCUUGGAAUCGGGAGCGACUGCUUGCCCUUACAACGGCAACUGAUUCUUGAUGAACACGAAGGGUGAUUACUGCUGACACGAGGACGCAACGUAACGCAAUGCGCUCGGUCGGUUCGGCCACGACGACGGCGACGGUGGACAAGCGGGACGUGCAAACUAAUGGGCAGGACGAUGCUACGGAUGACCGGUGGUUGCGACGGUGGCAACGACACGAAGAUGACAUAAAUUGGAAAAUGUCAACUCAGCAACAGGUGACACCGGAUCGGACGACAGGCACGGUCGUCGACGGUUCCGACCAAGCGCCACCAUCAACAGUCCCAUCGUCGGUGGCCGUUGAUGGUGAGAAUAAUCCAAUUAAAUCGUUGCGACGACAACGGCGGGUCGAGGGAACGAAUGGCCAGGCUGACACCGACACCACACCCACCACCGUCGUCCCAUCAAUCACAGCUCCUACGGUGCCAAUUGCUGGCACGGACACGGAACAGUGGUCGGCACGAUUGUGCCGGACAGCGGCCAUCGGACACGAUGAGGAAGAUGUCGAGCAGCCGGCUGUCCUGGCUACGGAUAGAAGCGUACAGUACGAGGGGCGUGCUGCUGUUGGUGACCCGGCGGGGCUGAGCGGCGUUGAGCUUAGUAAAAAUAGCACCGGACAGGAUACCGCUAAUAACAAUCGGCUGGAUUGCGAGCAGCGCGCCGUCACGGACGUCGUCAAUGAGCUGGAGGACGCAUUGGAGCGAAAGCGUCACAACACCGUGAACGCACGCCGGCGCUGGAAACUGCUCGCGAAAGCACUGCGGCACGAUUCGAGCGAAGACGAUCAGUUCGCCAAGUUUAAUCUGAUCGAGGCCGAUCGGGCCGGUGAUGAGAAGGACGAGAAUGUGUACGUUUACCGGCUGUACGAUCGAUAUCGGUUGAAGCUCCGGCUGAUCGGUCCCGAGCGUCCGUGGACCGCUAGCGAGCUGAUCGGGUUCAACAAUACCGGUAAUAUCUGUGUUUGGCCAUCGGAAGAAGCUUUGGCCUAUUACAUUCUUUCGCGGCUGUCUCAAUUCGAUGGCACGUCCGUGCUGGAACUGGGCGGCGGGAUGACUUGUCUGGCGGGUCUGGUUCUUGCGAAGUACGGACAACCCGCCUUCGUGCAUGUAACCGAUGGGAAUGAGCUGUCGGUCGAGAACGUACGCAAAUCGCUCGUGCUCAACAAAUUCAACUGUACGAUCAAAUCUUCCGUGCUAAAGUGGGAACAAACGACCAGCGAUCCCGAUCGGGACUCGGGAGCACGGUACCACUUUAUCCUUUCCGCUGACUGUCUGUUCUUCGACGAGUCUCGAUCGCAGUUGAUCGAUACGAUCUGGCAGUCGCUGGCGGAGGAAGGAGUCGCCCUCAUCACGGCACCGCGCCGUGGCCAAACGUUAACCCUAUUCCUGAACGAGUGUGUUGCCCGUGGCUUCCAUUAUGAGCUGCUGCAGUGCUACAACGAAGCGAUCUGGGCACGGCAUCUCGAGCUGAAGCAGACCGACGGGUACGACGAGAACGUGCACUAUCCGCUGCUGGUGAAGAUGUACAAAUAUGGUCCGGGCAGUGUGCUGCACCGGUUGUGAAGUUGGCCACCGCUCUUAACGCACACAACAGUAUUGCGGCACAGUAGGAUCAGUGCCGUACACAGUGUUAGUUUCAAAACCAAUUCCAAUGCAGGAACCACCGUUGUUCACACAAUGUCCACGUACUUCCAUUAAAUUGUUUUUUCACCUGGACCAGCGUGUUAAGGCCAGGGAACACACCCACCCGUACGCUUCGUUAGUGCCUAGUUGUAAUUUAAUUUCGAUACUUCCAUCCUGCAGCAGUGUGCACAUGCACACCAGAAAGCCAUUAAGAAAUGGACGCUGAAGGGGCUGAUGCUUUCCUCGCCGGAAGUAAGUCUGCGGGACCAAUGAAAGGAUGCACUUAACGCACGCCCGGAUUUAACACAAAAAAGGGACAGUCUGUUGAAGGUGGGCGUUACUCAGCACAAUUACGGAAAAGUAUUUAUAUCGUUGUUUGUUGUAGACACUAGUUCGAUAAAGUCAAUCCAAUAGCUAGGGAGUGGACAAGUGUUGUCCCUGUUAAAUUUAAAUGUCCGUUUGAAAGCGAAUGCCAAAUCCGUUGUCGAUGAUGCCAAAGUAUUCGCGGUGUGUGUGCGUGUGCGGGAGGGCAUCCAUUUUGUGAUAAAAGCGAUUCUCGAACCGGAAAAACCGGAACGACGAGCCUAAGCUAGCUAGACUAUAAAUAGCGAACUAGUGUUUGUUGCAAUCCUCGGGAACGUAUGUUUAGUCUAGGCCGCGUGGAUGUUUAGAAGGAGAAGCACGAGCUGGAAGGGCUGUGUUUUCAUUUUUGCAACUUUAUUAAUGAAACGAUCGGACGCAACGUCCAGGGGCGGCAUGUGCAUGGGAUUAGAAGGUUUAUUGUUUAGGAAAUGGUAGGGCUUUGCGCAUUCAACCGCACGAUGGCGGUUCAUUGUCUUGGAGGAGCGUAGGCUAAAUUUAAAUUGUGUCCCAAUUUUUUUUUCGACCAAACUGGAGUAGAAUGUUUCGUAACCGUAUACACGGGGCGUGCCAAAUGGUAGGAAUGAAUGAAGUAUUUGGUCACACAUACGUGUUAGCUUAAGCGAAUGUUUGAUAUUGAUAGUGUGCACUACUUAAGCAAAUCCUUUUCCACGCUCUAAAGCACAACACACCACACACACACACAGAGACGUUAUGCGACAAUGGUGUGUGAAAUUCCAACGAAAACCAGUAUCACAACCUCUCUCUAGCACUAUGUACUUUUUCCUCUGCGCGUUAUCUUUGACGAUGGUAGGAAAUAAAGGCUCUAGAUGUAAGCGAUAGAAGAAAGCAAAACCCCAUCAGAUGAGCAAUAAAACUCCAUUAUGUGCAAAUACAAAUUUUAUUCCUUGCAAGUUAAAUAAAUAGUAACCGAUGAAUGC